CUUGCACAUGAUGGAGGCUUCCGACCCUGCUCAAUCGCCUCAGGUCAUGACAGAAGAUCCACGAGCUGCUAACCGCGACAAAUUCGAGCUUGAACUGGAAUUUAUGCAGUCGCUGGCAAACCCAUACUACCUCCAUUCUCUCGCACAGCAGAAUAUUCUUGAUCAACCUGCAUUCAUUAACUAUCUGGAGUAUCUCACGUACUGGAAAGAGAAGGAUUAUGCCCGGUUUAUACACUACCCGCACGCACUGCACCAUCUUGAUUUGCUUCAACACGCCCAAUUUAGGUCAGAGAUGAAGAAAGAUGAAUGGCGCGAAUAUCUCAACCAAAAGCAGUAUGACCACUGGCGAACAUGGCGAGAUUACCCAGGGAUUAGUACUAGUGUUGCCUCCACCGACCCUCAAGAAACCGGUGUGCAAUCGCAACAGAAUGCUCCUUUUGGGUGAUAUGGUUUACCGGAUGUCUUGGCGGAAGCACAUGGCGCUUUGUUAAUGAAAGUAACAAUAAAAUGAAGCGUUGCCAAACAUACAGACUCGCAAGGAGUUACUGCUCUAUGUCAUUUGGUUCUUACAUAAAUCCUUCUGGCUGUCUUCAAAUUGAAAGUUCCCACGCGUG